UGUUUUGCUUGGUAAUCAAGAUUGAUGGCAGGUGGAACAUCAUAGGCAGUGAACACUGACAAUUCCUUCCAAGACAUGUUAACAGUACACCAAAAAAGAAAUAAUGGCGUAGGUAGUCAAAUAAAAAACGGGGAAACUAGUAAAGGCAGAACGGAGGAGGGUAAAUAAAUAUAGGUUAGUGGAGCCACGAGAAUUAUGAACAAUGGCAGAGGUGCCAAUCUCCAUGGAAGCGGGUCCCAGAGGCGUCCGAAUUCAGGUAGGCUGUCAUCGUACAAUGGUUGGUAUGUUUGCCAGUUUGUAGAUCCAAUGGCUUUUUAUAUAUAUUUGGAGGAUAUCUCCGCUGGGAGAGGAGAGAAAAAUGGGGUUUUUGCAGUCAACAAUGAGGUCGGGCAGGGGAAGGCAGUGGCAAUUGCAAUGGCAGACGAUGAGCAUACGUGUGCUCCUAAUCGGCGCCUUCUUGAUAAUGCUCAUGCUACUCAUAGCUCUGCGAAGCGGCACUUCUGCAGGUCAAGGGUUCGAACCCCAAACAGCCUGCACAGCGAGCGAAUCUGUUGCCUGUGCAAAGUUGCCAGUGGCUGUGGCAGAUGCCCUAAUUCACUACGUCACCACCAACAUUACACCGCAGCAAACCCCAGGGGAAAUCAAUAUUGCGGGGGCCGUCCUGGCAAGGAGAAGCCCCUGCAAUAUGCUCGUCUUCGGGCUUGGCUACGACAGCCUAAUGUGGGCCACGCUCAACCAUGGCGGCCGCACACUUUUCCUGGAGGAAGACAAGGACUGGAUCGCUCAAAUUGCUCAAAAGCACCCGGAGCUUUCCGUGUACCAUGUCUUUUACCCCACCGCUCUGACGCAGGCCCCUGAUCUUCUCGUCCACGGCAAAUCUCCACCCUGCCAUCCUUCGGCGACUCUCGAGCUUAAGGACUCCGCUUGCAGGCUGGCGCUUACUAAUCUUCCCCCUGAAGUCCUAAAUACACAGUGGGACGCCAUUAUGAUCGACGCUCCCAGGGGCUACUUUCCCGAAGCCCCCGGUCGCAUGACGGCCAUUUAUACGGCGGCCGCCAUGGCCAAGAAGCGGAGUAACCCAGGCAAUACGGAUAUCUUUGUACAUGAUGUAGAUCGGCCUGCGGAAGAGAAUUUCUCCAACGCCUUUCUCUGCCAAGAGAAUUUGGUGGCCUCUGAGGGCCGCCUCUGGCAUUUCAGCGUUCCUGCUCAGCCGGAGGAGUCUCAGGAUUUCUGUUCGGCAGUGGCAGUCUAAACUGCCAGCUGAGAGUGAGAGGGGCUUUUGUUUUUUCGAAAAUGUUUGUGCCAGAAUUAAUGUCUAGGGUUUUCAGGUUUUCUCGCAGGGAACAAUUGUAGCUAUUUUUAUCUGACAUUUUUCGUACAAUAAGGAAUUUGUUGUGUUUCUUUGUAACA